AUGCAUCGUCUUUUUGCUGAGCUGGAGCCAUCUACAACCGUCACAGAGCAAAACCUGGCAGACCGAGUUCGGUAUAUCCUGCACUCAAAUAUAUUUGAUGUCGCCGAACUCGAACGGCUACGACGUGAGGCUGUUCCCUCAUCGGAUGAAAAUGCUACGGCUGAGGAUGCGGCGCCACAAAUUGUAGAGCAACCCGCAAACGUGGAUGCCGCCGUGAAUACCCCAGUUGUGGUUGAUUCAAACGAUGAUGGAACAGUCGCCCAGGAACUGGAAUUAGAGCAUAUGAGGAGUACAUUGGAAGAGGCGAUUGUGGAAACGCGCAGUACGCCUCUCGAAAACCGACCGUGA